GGAGGUAGCAUCUAAAAACAUGCUUAACCGAAAAGUCCGUUCAACUGUGGUGUGCUCUGCUGUUGCCAUCAACUUGCUAGGUGGCAGUGUGACACCCUGGACUUCUAAAAGAUCUGUAAGUUCAUGAAUAUAAUUAAUACUAUGACAUGUGAGCCCGCUAAAAUUCAUCCAAAAAUAUGACCAACUGUACCUUGCGCACACAAAAAAUAAGAGCUAAGUGUUCAGUUUAAAGUGUUCAACUCUUAUUUUUUUUGUAAGCUGCAAAUGUUCAAAGUUUGGAUAAAUUGCAGCUUUACAUGGUAUGCUAUUCAUCAUUACAUCCACAAUUCUUGUAUAAGUUCUGAAAACUCCAGGGUGCUUCGAACAACAUGUUGUGCACGCGCAGCCAUGCUCAUGUGAUCCGUUCUAGGCUUCUAGCUAAUAAAACACUAGCAAGUUGUCCUUGAAGGCGCUGCUUCUACUAGAAGUAGAUUUUUGUAUCUGUCACUCAUUAGCUUGUGGUCAAACAAGUAGAAUGGUGCUAUAAAUGCUGGCCAAGGACAACGCCGGUGCCUGAUCGUUUCACUUAUUUUUUAACUCGUCUGAGCCCAUUCUUCUUUUAAUCAUUUGGAAGUUUAUGCAAAUAGAAGUACGAGUUGUUGGCUCCACUCAUGAAAUUUCCUUGGGCUCAGAUCUCUUCUUUUAUUUCCUAUGGAAGUACAUGCUGCUGAAACUUUCCUAGGGAAUUAUUAUGCCACUAUUUCAAACGCCCCUAAAAUGAUUAUUCCAACAUUUUCACUGAAAUUAAGUUGAUUCAACGACUGAUGUGGUCAACAAAAUUUCUAAGAAGACGUGUUACAGAAAAGUAGUACUAAUCAUAUCCAGAGAUUUCAAAGCAUUUAAGGAACCUACUUUUGGCUAGUCAAUGAAGAAAAUUGGCUGGUUUCUGGUAGGGCCAUUGAUUUGAAAUGUAUCUUUUUUAUAUGUAAAUAUACUGUAGUUUGCAAUCGAUAGUUAGGCGAAAAUCAAGGAGUCUUUGGAGAACCUGCAUGGUUCUCUCUUUUUUGGCCGUGUGUCAUUGUUAUCUGAUCUGCUAUGCCAGACUGUAUACCACUCAUCCCCAAGUUCCCAAGUGGCUCUUGUUCACUUCCAUUUGCUCCUUACGUUCGUUGCUAUCUCCCAAUCACUUUUUCUUGCUCCAUCCCUCCAAAAAUUUCUGUUCUUGCUUGCCUCACCUUCAUCCUCUUGCAGCUCGCCUAUACAAUCUUGCCCACCGCAAGCAUAGCAGCGACACCACGGCCCCCAUGCCAGCAUGUGUGGAGAGACUAGCAGGGCCUAAAGGGCGACGUGUUCUGCCAUAUAGAACCAACCUGUUGAGUUGAAUUAUUGGUGUGGCCAUGUAUCCUCCAAAGAUCUUGAUCCUCCUUUUUGUUCUCCUUUCGACUUUUUCUUCUUCCAGACUUGCGAUGAACAAAUCCUUUGCUUUGGGUAUUGAGAUUGGCACCAUAUGGCGAAAUAAUCCCUCCCUUCUACACAACGAUUAUCCAGAAGACGAAUUCUCCCUGCGCAUCAUCCUCCCUAAGGAUGCCACGUUUUUUACUACAAACUCGAGCUCAGAUCUUGACAGCCUUUCAUUUGCCUGCGGAUUCUUCUGUGCAGGGCCUGUAGCUACCUGUGAUGACUACAUCUUUUCCAUCUUUGUUGUCAAUACCUACAGCUCCAGUGAUGCUGUGUCCUUUAACGCGCCCAAGGUGGUCUGGUCUGCCAACCGUGACCGCCCAGUCAAAGAGAAUGCUAAUGUUCAACUUACUGAACUUGGGGACUUGGUGCUCUAUGAUUCUGAUGGAGCACAUGUUUGGUCUACCAAUACUGAAGACAUGUCAGUUGCUGGCAUGAAUCUUACGAGUGCAGGCAAUCUGGUGCUGUUAAAUCAGUCAAAUAUGCAACUCUGGAGGUCCUUCGAUCACCCAACUGAUACACUUGUCACCGGGCAGAUUCUACCAGAAGGGCAGAAGCUCAUUGCAAUGACCUCAGUGGCAAACUGGUCAAGUGGAAAUUUUGAUCUCACCGUCCUCCCUGAUGGUAUGUAUGCAUUUGCAGGAACUGAUACUCGUCUAGCCUACUAUCGGAGCCCCACCGGUGGAACUGUGACGACAAACAGGUCAGCAUACGUUGCACUCAAGAAUGGCAGUCUGGAGGUGUUCACUAAUUUUCGGGAUACAGAGGCACCAGAUUACCAGAUCCAGCUGCCCAGGGAUAACUAUGGGCUGGGCUUUGUGAGGCUAGAUUUUGAUGGGCACCUUAGGCUAUAUCUUUGGACAAACAAUAGCUGGGUGAGUUCAGAUGUUUUUGACAUAGCUGAUCCUUGUGCUUAUCCUCUAGCUUGUGGCGAAUAUGGUAUUUGUUCGGAUGGACAGUGCAGUUGUCCCGAUGCUGCCAUUGGGCAAUCAGGAUUGUUUGAUGUAAUUGAUCCAAGGGAGGUUAAUCAUGGCUGCUUGCCAAUAGGUUCACUAUCCUGUGAUUCGGCACGGAAGCCUACACUUCUUUCCCUUCCCAACAUCACGCGCUUCAACGGUGUCUACAAUUGGACAACAAGUGAAGAGCGAUGCAAAUUAUCAUGCUUGAAUGAUUGUUCGUGUAAGGCUUCAUUCUUCCAGCAGUAUGACACCUCCACUGGUUUCUGUUUUCUUGCAUCUGACAUAUUCUCCAUGAUAAGUGUAAAUUCCCCAAGUUACUCAAGCAAUUUUAGUUCUCUGGCAUUUGUUAAAGUUAACGGAGCUACCCGGAACUUUGUGCUAUCUCAAGGAAAAUUAACCGUUGCAUUGGCCGUUGGUUCUUCAACUUUUAUUGCUUUAGUUGUUGUUGCAGUGCUUGUAGUUUUACGAAGAAAUAGGGCAGAACCAUUAGAAGAUGAUGACAUUAUCGAUCAGUUACCAGGGCUACCUGCAAGAUUUUCUUUUAUGGAGUUGAAGUCAGCAACUGAAGAUUUCUCAAAAGUGAUUGGGAAAGGAGGAUCUGGUUCUGUUUUUGAAGGACAGAUUUGUGAUAAGCAGGUUGCUGUGAAAAGAUUGGAUGGCAUUAAUCAAGGAAAAAGGGAAUUUUUAGCAGAGGUUCAGACUAUUGGAAGCAUCAACCACAUAUAUUUGGUGAGGCUAAUUGGAUUUUGUGCUGAAAAGUCGCAUAGGCUUCUUGUCUAUGAAUACAUGCCAAAUGGAUCUUUGGAUAGGUGGAUUUUCCAAAGGCACCAAGAAGCACCACUUGAUUGGAAAACCAGAUUGAGGAUCAUCACUGAUGUAGCAAGGGGACUGGCUUAUCUUCACAGUGACUGUCGGGAAACAAUCGUUCAUCUAGACAUCAAGCCACAAAAUAUCCUUUUGGAUGAGCAAUUCACUGCCAAGGUAUCUGACUUCGGGCUUGCCAAGCUAAUUGAUCGUGAACAGGGAAGUGUCAUGACUAGAUUGAGAGGCACACCAGGUUACCUGGCUCCUGAGUGGUUGACAUCUGUGAUCAACGAGAAGGUUGAUGUGUAUAGCUUUGGCAUUGUUAUCAUGGAAAUUAUUUGCGGUAGAAGUAAUUUGGAUUACUCACAGCCUGAAGAAAGCCGUCAUCUCAUCAGCAUGCUGCAGGACAAGGCCAAAACUGACCAGCUGUUGGACCUUAUCGAUCCACGCUCCACUGAUAUGCAAUGUCAUUUGGAUGAAGUGUCGCGCAUGAUGAAUCUGGCAAUGUGGUGCCUGCAGGUUGAUAGCCGUCGACGGCCUUCCAUGACCGAAGUUGUGAAAAUCCUGGAUGGUGCAAUGGAUGUUGAAACCGAACUUGAUUUGGACCUGGUAAAUCUGGAACUAAUGGUGGCAAAUAGAGCGGUUCGUGGGAACAUUGCCGCAACUCUGCAGAUAGACUCCGUCCUUUCAGGGCCACGGUAAACGUGAGCUCAAGGUUUCGGAAUUGGCAUUCGUCCUGUGCAGCAUCCAGGAUUUACAUCCAAAAGUUGUGACAUAGACAUCUCCUGGUAUCAAUAGUUACAUACUAUAAUGGCAAAAAAUUGCACUUCCCAGGUUACAUUAUUAUUUUUCUUUCUGAACACUGUAAUUCCCUGAAGUUUGAUCUGUGUGCAUCUGUGGCGAGCUUCUAAUCAUCUCAAUGAGCAUGGGUUUCAGAUCGAUGCACCAAAACCCGUUUCCUCGAAAUAGGCCACUUUCUGUGUUGCAAGUUUCUCUUGAAGGAGGGCGCUGGCAGGAAUUUUUACUGCAGGAUUAUUUUGUCGCCUGAUGAUGUUCCUCCAGUCUUGUAUUCUACCUGUAAACUAACUUGCUCUAGAUCCACAUA